AUGUCGACACCUGGAAGCGGCAGCCAGCAGGCAGUGCCGAGCACGGUGGCCAACCAGCAAUGGGAGGCGCAGAGGGCGAUUUUCAAGACGCCGGAGUACGAGUCGGUCCAGAGCCUUUUUUGGACCACAACGCGUCAGAAGCGUCCGGCACCCAGUCCGCAGACCAGCGGUUUGGGAACGCCGGCAGAACCGGACAAGGCCGCGAUGGAGGUGGAAGCAGACAUCCGUGCAGAGACGGAACCGGAAGUCUCGUGGAUGGCGGCGGACAACAGACAGGCCCAGAAAUACGCGGUGGGGGUUCAGCUCUUGACAACAGGAUGGCCCCAGGGAAUGGGACCAGCAGACAGGGAGUACAUGGUCGGCUGGUUUCUCCUCAAUACCCCCAAGGUCGUGAACUUCUGCUAUGAGAGGGGGUAUGUCACAGACCACAACGCACACGAAAUCAAAAGGUACCUGAACGCGCUUUCAACAGAUCCUGUGACAGUCCCUGCUGGUGGAGAGUUUUAUUCUGGGAUGACGCUCCUGACCUUCAAAGCCUUCGAGCUCAGGCUGGAAGUUGUGAAAGAACUCAGCCAAAUUAUGCAAAGCCCUCCCUCAGAGACCACAACUCCAGAGACCACAAUGUGGGCGGAGCAGUGGAAUCGCAUUAUGUGGGGAGCACAGUAUGAGCUUGACCAGGCAGAAGCUCAGGCUGUUGCUGCUGCAAAAUCGCAGGCCACUGUUAGUGGAAAGGGGCUGCAGUUGGGGAAGGGCAAACGUCACUGGAGCAGCGUUGCCAUCCACACCAACUAUUAUGAGCCCUUUCCGUUUAAUCUCCAGUUGAUUGUUGUAGACAAAGUCUACUUUAGUUGGGACGAAAUGUGCGACAAAUUUAAAGCACAGCAGCAUAAAGUGGGCAAUUACAGUAUCUGUACAGUCCAGGGGAAACCCCCAGCACCAGUGGUCGAAGAGCUCAACACACAGGAGACAGAGCAGAGCCAGCUGCCGGUGCAGCCGACCACAACGCCCAAAGUUUCAACUGCAGCCAUCCCAGGAACCAAGGGAGCUGCAAAGUCCCAGUCAAGGCCCAAGGGCAAGGGCGGCAGAUGA